AUGGUUGUGAGGGUUAAUCCAAAAAGCCAGAUUGUGAGUAGUUAUGAUAUAUUUCUCAAGGCUUUGAAGACAGAAUCUGUAUUUGAUGACAAAAAUGACUUUUUGGAUGUUGUAUAUUGGUUCCGGCAAGUUUUCGCUGUAAUAGUAGGUGUUCUUUGGGGCUUAGCUCCAUUUACCGGUUUUUUGGCGAUUCUUAUGUUCUUUGUAACCAAUGUUUGUUUUGUUUAUGCCUAUGCUGCUGUUUACCAACGUGUUGAUGAGGACGAAUAUGGUGGAUAUGGUGAGAUUGUAAAGGAAGGAUUAAUGACAGCUUUCGCAUCCUUCAUGGUAUCCUGGAUACUUACUUAUGAUUGUGUUCAUGGAGUUAGCAAUACAACUUGGUAA